UGUAGCGCUGUGUAGUGGUGCCUGUCAACAACACCGCAACCUGAGACAGGAUAGCAGCUUCUGUAGCUAGCAAAGUGAACCUGCGAAGUAGCGAAAAAUCCAUUUUUGACUAUUCUAAUUCAUCAUACGAAACUCUACUUACUACAACCAUGUAGCCCAUUAGGAAAGAUAUUUGGACUAGACAAGAUGAAGAACGGACUUUGCUAGAUAAAAUCUUGGAAGCUUCUUGCCUUCCUCUUAGGCUGCCUCAACACCACCUUACUCCUGUUUGAUAUGCCGUCACUGCUGGGUAAAAGCCAGAGGUCUACAGCAUACGGUUGACAUCUGCUCAGGCACUCAUCCGAGGCGUGUGAUUGAUUCCUGGUGCGAGAUUGACACAUGACAAGUGCAAAGAGCACAAUCAAAGCCGCCCCCACUAUGACGGAGACGAGACUGCCAGUGGUGUUAACGAAGAUGGCCUCACAGGUGGAAGUACAAAGUGGGGAGGUUGGGAGGACAAUGACAGGAGGAAGGCUUCACUUGAGUCCCCUGACUGACUCAAGCAACACAAGUCCAUCACUCACGCAGUCACAUAUGAUCCCAUCUGAACCCAAGAAACCUGUCCCUGGUCCCAAGCCACGCCUUACGCCAAAACCAUUUGCUGUGGAAAAAAGCACAAUAAAGCCUAUACCUGCCCCAAAGCCACAAACCAAACCCAGACCAGAAUCCACAAACACUGCUGCUUACAAACCAGAGCUUCCCAACAGUCCAAAACCACAGCAACCAGUUGCCAUUGUUAAACCAAGGCCCGUGUCAACCAAUUCCACUCGUCCUGCCACAACCUCAUUUAGAACAUCCACUAAAGUGAAUGGUGGGCAAACCAUAAAGCCUGCUGUUCAUCCAUUUAAACCAGCACCUCCUUUGGAUGCUGUUGACACCAACAAAUCAACGCCACCAUUGCCAGCAGAGAGACAGAAACCUAAGGACCAGCUGACAUCCAUACAAGGUGGGGGAUCCAUUACCAGAGCCAAGUCAUUGGGGUUUCUUAAUCAGAUUGAGAAAGAGGAUGAACAUGAUGAAUCUGUGACAGUUGUCCCACCCCGACCCCAACCGCGAGGUUCCAGGCCAAGACCUGUGUCUGCGGUUUUUGUUACCGAUCCAGAGAUACCAGUUCCUGCGCCACGAUUGGCUGGAGGAAAACCUCUUUCACCUGAUCUUACAUCAAAGUUUGAAUCAAUUGGUCUGUCAUUGCACCGUAAAGCAGCCAAAGCCAACGUUAAAGAAAGCACUCCAAAUGGCAAAGCAAUUCCACAAAACACACAGCAGGAAAAAAACAGUAGUAGUGAUGUUAAGGUCAAACAAGCAACAACAGAUGAGCACAGCAACAACACUGCAGAAAAUAUAAUUGUAAAAGAGGAUAAAGAGGAUCAACGAGGUGGUAGCAUCAAAUCACGAAUUAAUCUCCUACUUGAUUCCUCCUCCGCUCCUGAGGCAGUUUCUUUUGGCCAAAAAUCAGCUAUUCUCUCUCCAGAGCAGACAGUGCCCGAAAGUGAACCACAGGUGGGCGUCAAACAGCUCAUCAAGCAGCUAACUAUGGAUACAACUCCAACACACAGUCCUGUCUUGAAACCUGUAUUGAAGACUCGACACCUGCACACUGAUCUCACUAAAAAGUUUUCAUCAGAGAGGUUAUCUGACUUUGGCAAAGGAUCACUCAGUGAAGUUGCAUCAAAUCAUCAGAUCAGCCAAGAUCCUCAACGCAGGAUUGAGGCGACUAACCUCAGUUGCACGAUGGCUGUGGAUUUACGAGAUCAGCUCCAAAAGAGCAGUUCAAUGGCAGAAAUUCUAGAGGCAGAGCAGGUUUCAAGUGCUAUAAGCAAUCAAAGUGGUUCUAGUGUUGAAGUGGAUACUGUGCGUGCCUCCUUACCUGAUAAUAAUGUGGAGAUAUCCAGCGUGAACAAUGGAGCAGAAUUUCUUAGUAAUCACUCUGUUAGUGGUGGAAGCAAUGAGGAUACAGGACCUCUGGUGACUGUCACUUAUAAAGACCCUGUGUGUUCAAGUCCCCAGCGAGUGAGCCACACUGUGGACACAGUGCAAAAUGUUGGAGGAAGCAGAGUAGUGAGUGAGAGCAUUCCAUCUGCUCAGAGGGAAGAUAAAGCCAUGACCUUACGCUCCAGACGCUCUGAAGGGAACAAGCCAAUGAUGGAGACAACUGAUUUAAUAAAAGGCGAACCAUCUUCCGCAAUGGCAAUAGAGCAACAGCCUCGAUACUUGCGCAUAGGAUCGUUGCAGAAAUGGCCUAUUACAGGUCUAGCUCAAGAAGUAGAUGUGGAGGAUGGCGUGCUAAAGCAAUCACAAAGGGGAAAAGAAAUGGAUUUAAUUAAAGACAGACAGAGAGAAGCCGACCAUGAGGAAAUAGCUGCAGCUCCUAAACGUAUGAAAACACUGUCGACUGAUGAAAAGACAAAACCGAAGGCAACCUAUUUUGCCCUGACCGGACAAAUACAGGACUCGGUGUCGUCUUUAGAUACUGGAUCUGACACUGUAGGUUCUGAAGCGCCUUAUGAUGAUAUUGAUUCUGAACAGGUAAACUCUCAGGAUAAGGUUGUUGCAAUUAAGAGGAAUCUGUCAAUAAAUGAAACUUCAGGGGAAAAAACUCCAGAUAAAAUUGAGGAGGUAAGGAGGAUGAGCCACAUUUCUGCCAGGCAUGUAGUAUCAGCACUGGCAGAGCAGACAGCAGAGAAAGUGACAGGAGUAACAAAAGGACAGCAAAGCACAGAGGAUGAAAGACAAAAUGGCAAAAUUAAAAUUAUUGAUGAGGACAAACGGAGACAAAUGGAAAUUGAGAAAAAGGCUAUCUUCCAGUUUGCACAGAUGAAGGAAAGGGAGCUGCAAAGAGAGUUUGAAAGACGAAAGGCUUUGGAAAGGGAGAAACAAAAGCAGAAAGACCUUCAAAACCAAAAUCUACAAGAAUUUGUAUUUGAAGGUCAUGAAGAUGUGGAAAAACAAACGCAGCUGUAUUUCAAGCAAGAAAAGGCAAAGCAGCAAGAACAAGAGAUUCAGAUGAGGCAGGAAGUAGAGAAGCAAAAAGAUCUAGCAAGACAAAGAGUAUUAGAAAAACAGAGACAACAAGAAAUUCUUAACCAGAGGGAAAAAGAAAUGGCGAGACAGCAAAUGGUGCAAAGGCAGAGAGAGCAAGAGCUGGAGAGGCAACAUGAACUGAUGAGGAAAAAGGAGGCGGAAAUGGAAAAGCAGCUGCAACAGAUGAGGAUGAGAGAGCUGGAAAAGGAACAACUGCGAGAACUUGAGAGACAGGAAGAACUAAUGAGGCUUAGGCAAAAGGAAAUGGACAGGCAGCAAGAACAGAUGAGACUGAAAGAGCAGGAAAAGGAAAGACUAGAAUUGAGGAGGCUUAGGGAUCAGGAAAACGAGUGGCAGAAGGAACUUGAAAGGCAACGUGAAAUGGAGAGACAGCAGGAAAUGAUCAGGCUGAAGGAACAGGAAAGGGAGCGACAACGAGAGCUUGAGAGGCAGCAAGAACUGAUGAGGCUUACAAAGCAGCUAGAAAGCCGUCAGCAAGAAGUUUGGAGACAGCAGGAACAGAUGAGACUGAGGGAGCAGGAAAUUGAGAGGCAUAGAGAGCAUGAAAAUGAGAGACAAGAACUUGACAGGCAGGAAGAAUAUCUGCAACAAAGGGAACACGAAAUUGAGAGAAGGCGAGAAGUUGAAAGACAGCACACCCAAAUGAAUCUUAGGCAGCAAGAACAGAUGAGACUGAAGGAGCAGGAAAUUGAGAGAAGGCGAGAAAUUGACCUGCAGAAAGAACAUGAAAAUAUGAGACGAGAAAUUGAGAAGCAGCACGAACAAAUAAGGCAAGGGGAGCAAGAAAUAGACAGACAGCGAGAUGUUCAGCGACAACAAGAACAGAUGAAGCUGAGGGAGCAGGAAUUGGAGAGACGGCGAGAACUUGCACAACAAGAAAAGUUGAGAGUUAAGGCGCAGGAAAUGGAAAAACUGCUUGAACUUGAAAGGCAGCAAAGAGAACAAGAAAAAGAGAGACAGAAUGAACUUGAGCGACAGCAAGAUCAAAUGAGACUGAGGGAGAAGGAAUUGGAGAGAUGGCAAGAACUUAAGCAACAAGAGCAGUUGAGGGUGCGGGACCAGGAUAUGGAGAGACUGCAUGAUCUUGAGAGGCAGCAAAGAGAACAAGAAAUGGAAAGACAACGAGAGCUAGAGCGACAGCAAGACAAAGCAAGGCUUAGAGAGCAGGAAAUAGAGAGACAACGAGAACUUAAGCUGCAGCAAGAAUUGAGGCAAAAAGAAAACGAAAUGGAGCGACAGCAAGAGCUUGAACAACAGCAAGAGCAGGUUAGGAAGAGGAAACAAGAAAUGGAAAGACUGCGAGAACUUGAGAGGCAGCAACAACACCUGAGGCAGAAGGAGCAAGAAAUGGAGAAGCAACAAGAACUUGCACAACAUCAAGAGGAGAUGAGACUGAAGGAGCAGGAAAAACGGCGGCUGCGUGGAUUUCAUGAGCAGCAAGAAAUGGAACAAGAGAGACAGCGUGACUGGGAAAGACAAAGACAGAAAGAUGAAGCGAGGCAGACAGAGCUAGAUAAGGAGACAUUUCUUUUGGAAAUGCAAAGGAAUAAGAGAAUGGAGGAAAUGGAGAGAUUUAAAAAGAAAAAUGAAGAAAGGAUAAAAGAAAAUGAGAGGUAUCUCGAUGAGCUUGAUGAGCAGCAGUCCAUAGAGCAGGCUGAGAGAAAAAAAAUGUCAUAUGAACAGGACGUAGUAAGACUGAGAGGGAUUGAUAAAGAAAGGGAAAAACAAAGGCAAUUGGAGAUGGAGCGUGAGGAAGCAAUUGAGAGGAAAAGGCUAAAAGAGCUCGACAGAUUGAGGGACUUGCAAAGGGAAAAACAACUCCAUGCUGAGAAACAAAAUCAACAGCUAAUACAACAGGCCUUGCAGAAUGAAAGGCUUAGUCGGGAGGCAGGAGGAGAAAAGAUGGAAAAGGCUGAGGCAGAUAGAAUGAGACAGAUUGCAAGACUUCAAGAAGCUGAGAGACAUCGACUAAAGGAGAAACAAAGGAAAGAGGAACAGGAGAGGAUGGGGAUGGAUCAAUCUCCUCUGAGGCCCAGAGUAGUGGAUGUGGACUCUCUGCUACGAACUUCUCAGCACAUUGACCCAGCACUAAGAUGGAAGGAGCCCUCUCCAAGAACUGACGAGCCCUAUAAACCUUCCAUUCUUGAUGUGGACUCUUUUAAAUCUCAAUCUCAUUUCUUCUCAAAUCAAGAUGUACUAUCUGUGUCAGGCAUUCAAGAAAUGCACUCUCAAAUUGGUAGUAGCAUUUCACGCCCUUCACCUGAAAGAGAUAUUACAUGGAAGGUACCCCCACCCACUUCAGCCAACUUUACAAGUCCAGAGUGGACAAUAUCCUCCCAUGACUCACUGGAUCCACAGCCUUACAACGUACCCCAUCAUCAGCCCAGAAAACACACACACAAAAUCAGUCCAGAACAACUGCUUUUUAGGCAGGAUGAACAUUCGCAGAGCCACUAUCGCCAUAGGCAAGGCGACACACUCUACUUGGACCCUUUUGUCCAAAGAGAGUCAAAAAACAACGCCUACAACAGUGUUCCUGUUGACCAGGUAUGGUUGCCCAGAGAAUUAAAAUCACAAGAUAACCAAGAAGAGGUCUGGAACCACAGGAGAUCCCAGGGGUCCAAGGAGCUGAACAGGAUGCGCUCUCGCAGUAUGUCCCGUCGAUCAGCCCCGUCUGGUGUUGCUCUCGAGAAAAGUCUUUCUAGAAUACGGAGUCGUAGUGCCCACAGAGAACAAAACGGCCAAAGCAGGGAGCAACAGAAGCAAGGUGUCAGUGGUGAGAAUGAGAGGAAGGACUCGGUAACGCCAGUGGGUGAGACUGAUAGUCAGUACGGGACUUGGGAGACAGGACUGCGCACUGAUGAUAGCCUAACUCCAGCCACUCCCAGCUCGGAAAGCAACCUCAGUCCUUCACCAAGAAACACAACUCCUUCACACCCGCAAACUGAACCCGACAGCUUUGAUGGCCCGCCGCAACCACCCCCUAAACCGGAGAGCCAGCCGCUAUUGUUCCCUGAUGCCCCAACUACUCUCUUGGACACUGCUAUCCUACGGUCCAAAGUCCAGCUGGGAAAGAAGCGUGCUCCCAGGACACGUCCCUCCAGAGCUGCUCGUCAAAACUUUAGCCAAGCUGGAGAAGAAGGGGCUACUUCUGAUGACUGGCUUUACCGAGACUCCACAGGGGAGAAGGUUGAGCGGAAGACGGAUGAAGUCGAUUCUGAGGAGCAGGCCGGAGGCGCUGCGGCCGCCGCUACUUUUGCUUCUCAGCCACAAAGGAUUGCCUUGUUUCCCGGGGUGGACUCUCAAGCUAUAAAGAUCCAGUUGAAGAAGAGGAGCGACUCUGACAAUCCAGCUGAUGCACCGUCUCCUUCCCUUUCCUCUCGAUCCCCCAAAUCGCCCUUCCUGCCUCGGGCUGCUCGUGUACUUCCCCCAGCUGGUGGGAUAGAAAAUGGUGAGGAAGAAUCCCCCCAAUGGUUGAAAGAGCUCAAAUCUAAGAAGCGCUUGAGUCAAUAUGAGAGUGAGAGCUGAGGUUGCCUUCUGAAACGGACUUGUAAGAAAUAGAGGCCUUAUCGUUCGACUCCGAGAGUUGGAGUGGAAAAUCUGUUGCUGAGGAUUUUUUUUGUAGUUCCCUCUGCCUGGGAUGAUCAUCUUGCAUGGUGCCUUUUAUAGAGAAUUUCAGCAAACAUAUUUACAAAAAUGGGGCGAAUGGAAAAAAGCAGCUGUUUUGCUUCUACAUCCCUUUCAUUUAAUGUGAUCGUGUCUGCUCCAAGAGAGACACUUUAGUGAGCCUUUUAACUGGGACCAGAGGCUGUUUGGAAAAUGGAGUUAACCAUUUCCUGACAGGAAAUUAUUUAACUUGAGGGACUACAGCACAAUUCACCGCAUACUGGAGAGCCAACCAGUACAAAACAAGAUUUUUAUAGUUGGUUCCCCUACAGUACAGGUCACUGGUUGUGUCUAUGUUGUCUGCAUCAUCAAUCAUUGGUGAGAACGCACAGGCAUUGCCAUAGGACAAAAUUUCAGAUACUAAUGGUUCCAUGUUGAACUUUAAAUGCUGCUUACCACAUUAUUAGUUGGAAUGUAUAUCAUGUAAGUAAUCAUUAAAUGUUAUAUUUGUAUGUUUUACUAUGACAGAAAGCUAGUUUUGGGGAGAAAUAUAUUGUUUCAUUACAAUUGAGGCUCCAAAAUGCCUUGUUUUGAUACGCUCCUCAAUUUUAGUGUUUCAUUUGUGUUGUAAUAUUUUUUUUUCCUUUGUGGAAGAGGGAUGAAGAGGGUACUUUUGGGAUUGUGACUUCUUUUUCUCAUGAACACUCCAUAACAGCACAAAAAUGUUUCCCACUUUUGUAUGAAAACAUGAAAUCAUGUUCUCUCCCUCUUGAAAAAUAUAGAAGCAUCUAUAAAAAGCCAUAGAACUGCUGUUACACACUCCUUCAUGAUGCUCUGACAAUUUGUGUUCCUUCAAUCGUGUAUGCACAAUCUUUGCCGUCAAAAGCGACCUGCCCAUGAACAGGAAGUUGGAUUACAAAACCUGAGGAGUGUGAUACUUUGUUUGCUCCAUUGUGAUUCGACACAUUUACUAUGGCUCCAUACAUAUGUUACUCCACGUAAUGUUGCCAUUUACCUAUUCACAUCUCUAAAGCACUUUGUCACUUGAUGCAUGGCAGCACUGAACUCAUUGGUCAUGUCUGAUGUAUACAGGUGAAAACAUUAGAAUGUCCCUGCAAAAAAGCGUGAUUGUAACAGGGUUUUUUUUGUAUGUAUGUACAUUAUUCUUAACAUGAAUUUGGGAUUUCUUUUCUUUUUUUUUUUUAAGUUCCACGUACAGAUGUAUAACACACUGUGUUGUUCUGGCCAGUGUCCUUAAGCAAAUCAAUUCUUA